AUGAGCCUCCAGCCACCUCCCGCCUCCCCAAGCCCUGGCUGUGAUUCUACUAAGGUAAUUGCAAACAUCUCUGGGCUCAAGCGAGGGCUUCAUGGAUUCCAUAUUCACGCUCUUGGUGACACCACCAAUAGUUGCAUGUCUACUGGGCUGCAUUUUAAUCCCAUUGGGAAGGAACAAGGGGCACCUGAAGAUGAGAACCGCCAUGCUGGUGAUCUUGGAAAUGUGACUGCUGGCGAAGAUAGAACUGUUAAUUUUAGCAUUAUUCCUCUCAGUGGACUAAAUUCCAUUAUUGGAAGGGCUGGUGUUGUCCAUGCCGACCCUGAUAAUCUUAACAAGGGUUCAGAUGACAGGGGGGACACCAAUGAUUCCACGAUCACAUGUAGCAGCGAUCGGCUCCCAAACACAAAGUCAUGGUCGAGGAUCUGCCCAGCUCAUGACACCUCUGUCUCGAUCGAAGGAAAGAGAGCUCAUCUAUAUUCAGAGCCACUCGAUGCUGAAACAUCCAGCUCUCAUCCAUUAACUGCUGAAAAAGACGUACAAGAGCAGGAGGAUGAGGAUGACAAGGAGGAUCUUACAUAA